GAAUUUUCAAUAAUAUUAUGUCGGAUUUGGUGGCCCGUACAGGUCGGCUUCAGCAAAGGUACGAGGCCGGUUGUCGCCUUGUCGCUGGGUGUAUUCCAUUUAGAUAUAGAAGCUCAGAUGAGACAGAUGUAAAUUCUGAAAAGGUAGUUGAGGUACUGAUGAUUAACUCAACUAGUGGACCAGGUCUUUUGUUCCCAAAGGGAGGCUGGGAGAAUGAUGAAACAGUUGAGGAGGCUGCAGUAAGGGAAGCUAUUGAAGAAGCUGGAGUCAAGGGGGAUUUAAUGGAUUUCAUUGGAUAUUAUCAUUUUAAGAGCAAAACCCAUCAAGACGAAUUCAGCCCAGAAGGUUUAUGUAGAGCUGCAAUGUUUGCGUUGUUUGUCAAGGAGGAGUUAGAUUCGUGGCCAGAGCAAGCAAGGCUAUGAUUUGUUCAUAUUGACUCUUUCUCUAGCCUUGGUCGAUAGGCUCAAGGUGCUUUGCUUUUUUCUGUUUUAGGUUAAUAUUGUUAUACAUAGAAAAAUUAGUAACAUAAUUAAAAAAGAAAGAAAAGAACAAAAAAAUGAAGAAAAGCAAAAAAAGGUUGAAUAAACAGAAAAAAAAAUAAGAGAGAAAACAAGUAGAAGGAAAAAUGAAGAGAAAAAAAAAGGAAUGUGGAAGGGAAAUCUAUAAUUGAAUUGUCAAUGUUUUUUUUUUUGGAUCUUGAUCGAUGGGCUCUUUCACUUUAUUGGGCUUUGGGGUGUGUAUGUGUUUGUUUUUAUAUUUUUUCAUGAAUCUGUUAGGAGAAAAUUUGAUGUUUGAGAGAUGAGCUUUUAGCCCCUGUUUGGCAGUUUUUUCUUUUUGGGUUGUCUUCCAAUAUUGUGUACUUCUAGUCUGGCCUUU